GUCCUACGACAGUCAGGUUGAAGAUGCCCAAAAUCCCUGGCCGAAGAUCGAGGUUUCGCCUGAUUCCAAUGGAAAGAAGGCUUUCCAGAAAAGCAAAGCUAAGCCUUUGAGAACGGAUACCCAGGAGACCAUGGUGGUGGAAACUCCGAAGUGCCGUGCCCGUGCGAAGUCGACAGACAGUGGCCUUGAGAGUGCAGACAAGACGAAGAACCCCAAGAGAUCUUUGAGUGCUGCUUUGAAGGAUGCAAGCAAGCAGCCCGCAACAACAGCCGAGCCAGCAAGCACCACGAGCUCGCCACCUUCCAGCAACAAGCGAAAGGUAAUCGAUAUGGGCAAGCCAAAGCCAGCAACCAAGAAGCCCAAAACCCCAGAUGAGAAGAAGGAAGAAGCAGAAAAAGCCAAGCAAGCAGCCUACGAAAUGAAGGAUCAUGCCACUGCAAGAAGCUCGCAUGAGCCCCCGGCCACUGCAGCCUGCAAGCUAUCGGGCGGUGCACGCAUCGUCAAAAAAGGUUGUAAGAAGAGUGCCAAGGCAAAGGCCAGCCCCUGUGCCCCCAAGUCCGAAAGCCCUUCCACCACACGAGGCAGCAAAACCAAGCCCAGUGAGAAGAACCUCGCCGAGACCCCCAAGGAGAAGCAGACAGAAGACAAAAGCGCCAAGAACCCAGCCCAGAAGGAGGAUGCUGCCGAGACCCCCAACAAGAAGCCCAGGAAGAGCCGUGCCGAGACCCCCGACAAGAACCCCAGCAAGACCCAAGAGACCGAGAAGGAUGAGAGCACAGAGUCCAAGUCCAAGCAAGGCCCCGAGGUUGCAGAGAAGAAGAAGAAGGCCCACAAGCUCUACAUGAGAUGGUUCCAACUUGAUUUAUUCUUGAGAGUUGAGUUAGGCAAGACACAGACGUCCGCCUUGUACGAGGAUUUCAUGCAGUGUAAUGGCAAGUGGCAGAACUCUGUCAUUAUGAAAACAAUCCGCCACAAGCAUAAGAACGGCAAGCGAGCCUCACGCAGAUGGCUUACGAAGAGCCAACUUCUGGCACACUUUGGUGACGAACCCACUGUCGAGGCCAUAGUACUGAGGAAAGAAGCCGACAAGGAAUUGGCCGAGGCGGAGAUUCGAGACCACCCCGAGCUGCCAGGCCUCAGGCAGUUCCUGGUCCUCGUCGAGGACGAGGAGGUGGACGAAAGCACGGAUGAAAUCGAACAGCUGUUCAACAUGGAGCAGCGACCCGGAAGCGAGUCGAGUGACGACAGCGAUGAGGAUUCCAGCAGCAGUGCUGCUGCCAAGAAGAAGAGGAAGACAGACAAGAAAGAAAAGAAGGAUAAGAAGGAUAAGAAGGAUAAGAAGGAUAAGAAAGACAAAAGCAAGAAGAAGAACAAGAAGAGGGGAGGCAAGGGAAAGCUCAAGAAGGCAGAAAUGCAAGAGGAUUUGGACAAGGAGCAGAGUCGGAAGGUGCAGCAGGAGGGAAAGAAGGUUAUCAGCACCCUGAACCGGAAGAUCAAGGAUGCGACCACGAAGAUCCAUUCAAAAGAGGUGAGUGCCUUGAAUACCAAUGUCCGGGAGGCCUUGAAGACGGAUCUCCAGGCGGUGGUGAAGAAGCUCACCUCUGCCCGUACCCAGCUGCAGACGGCACUGGACUCGGCUCAGGACAGCAAGAUCAUCGACAAGACGACGACCGCCAAGGACAUUCUGGACCACACCGAGGGAUCGCUCGUUGUCGGGGUUAAGAAGAAGACUGAGAAGAAGGGUGGGGACUAG